AUGUCCCAGAUCCGACCUCUCGGGCCCGAGCGAAGCGCAUCAGCUCACCCAUUUGAGAGCAAACUAAGCCAGCAAUUGCAGCCCGAGUCCUCAUUUGCACAGGACCCUGUACCGCGUUCUCCCAAAUCACGGUCCUUGUCAGACGCAUCGAGACCAACUUCUGGUCUUACUACACAGCCAUCGACGGGUGAUCUAAGCCGCCCUCCGAGUAAGGAUGAUAGUUCGCUCCCAACAUUACCGGCUACGCCUAAUCGUUCGAACAACCACCACCCGAACUUAUCCUUGAACCUCCCCUCAAAGGCCUCAACAUCCCCCUCCGUAUCUCGUGCCCCGCUUUCACCCAAACUCGACUCCUCCCAAAUUUAUGGUUCGCCUGGCUCAGUUCUACCGCGGCGCUCCCGUGGCCUCGACUUCUCACGCGCGUGUACCAACCUCCAUCACUCUACUCUCGCCGAGUCUUCCCCGGAUUCAUCGCCAACAAUAGGAGGCCGCGGUAUGGCGAUACCCCAGCGACGUGGGUCUCUUAGCUUGACUUCUGUUCCACCUUUCUCUACCUCUGGUCCAGCAGAUCGAACUGCCAUUUCAAGCUCUGUCUCUAGCGCCAACAUGAUGGAAUCGGAUACCAGCAGCAGUGAAGAGGAUGAAGACGCCAUGAUGGGCGACCGUGAGGAUGUCAUACUUAGUACACCACAAGCAACACGGAAUAGUGGUGGAUCGGGUCCCUUUGCUGCGGGUAACAUCCAAAGUCCUGGGAGUGAAUGGAUGGGCGGUUAUUCUCACGCAACUGCCAGUCUUAUGAGUUUCCAACGCGCACGGCUCGGGAAAGGGCGAAGCCGGCACAGUUCCAGCAGUGCGAGUGGUAAUAGCUCCAAACCCAGUCCUGGCCCUCACUCUCCUCCCGUCAUGAAGAGCGUGGAGAAUUCGAAUGGAGGAUAUUUCGGUCGGCACCAGUCUAUCCACUCCCGCAGAGAAAGCUUAAGUCUUGGAACACGAGAUCUUCGUCUGUCUGAUUUGAGCGACGAUGGUGAGAGCCGCGCCAUGCGGACCGGAAGUCCCACGGCUGGAUCACAUUCGGAUCGUGGGCCGUUGGGGGUCAUUCGUCGUGCAGUCACAAGACGAGGAAGCUUAUUGCCGAAAAGCAAGGGAUUUGCUCGUGUUCGCGCGGACCUGAUGGAAGAAGGCAAACCUGUCGACAGUGAUAUCAAACGUGAAGCCGAAGUGAUUCGACAGGUCCGAGACACCGAACCGGAAACAUCUCCUACACUUGGAACUUUUCCUUCUCUCCAGCCAUCUCAGCCACUUGAAGAAUCACCAGGUGCCGAAUCCACGCCCUCAAAAUCGACUCCGUCCACGAGUAGUUUCAGCAAGCAAGCCAGUCGUAACUCAGGAGGGGUUGAGUUCUGGGACUCAUUUGAUGAACGUUACCGCACCCCUCCACCUCCACCUCCGAGACGGUCUGCCUCAUCCGUGCCUGAAAACGAUAUGAUAAUGGAUAUGACACCAUCCACAACGAUGGGCUCCACCACCACCGACUCCAAACCUCGUUCUCGCUCCUCGACACCUCAUCCCCCUGGAAUGUCCAUUGUGAGCGAGAUGCGUCGGAAGCGGGGCCGCGAGGACGAUUUUGACCCCAAUCUCUUCAAACGUCGCGCGGUCUCACCCAGUGUUAGUGCACAAAGCAGCCCAGUGCUCACUCAUACUUCCACUGUGGUAGACAAUGGGCCUAAUAUCUGGGGACCACCAUCCAAACUCGGCGCACCUUUUUCAGAGCGACCUAGCACUGAAAAUGGAACCCGUACUACACCUCAUAGUGCUGGAACAAAGCGUAUCGGUCUGCAGGGCAUGACUGAGACUAGUGAUGGCUUUAUGAACAUGAGUAUUGACUAA